AUGGCCGCAUCUGCCAAAGACUUGAAUCAAUUCAAGGUCCUUAUCGCCGGUGGGAGCCUCGUGGGCCUUGGCCUAGCCCUUGCAUUUGAGCGUGCUGGAAUCGAUUACGAAUUGUUCGAGAAAGGGGAAUUCGCGCCUCAGCUGGGAGCAUCUAUUGGAAUUCACCCGCACACGAUAAGGAUCCUAGAACAGUUAGGGGUGUGGUCGGACAUCGAGAAGCAGGUUGUACCUUUGCAGAAUCGAAAUCAUUACGAUGAAAAUGGUCGCUGCUUUGAGGAAUCCCAUGUGCUGGAGCACAUUCAGAAGAUUCUCCGCCGACCGAUCAUUUUCAUGGAGCGAUGCAAAGCACUGGAAAUUCUUCAUGAGCAUGUUCAAGACAAAUCAAAGCUGCAUCCUCAUAGAGCGGUUGUCGCAUACGAGGAAACUGCCGAGGGGGUUAUCGUCAAGACAGACGACGGUGUGCAGCACCAUGGGCAUAUACUGAUUGGGGCAGAUGGAAUACAUAGCAAAGUCAGGAAACUGAUGGCCGACAAAAUCAGCCAAACGAACGAAUUGCUCGCGGAGGAAAUAAAUCAAGCCUUUUCAAGCGAGUAUAACUGUAUCUUCGCUGUCUCUCGGAACGGUCCCGAUAAGCAGCUCCUUCCAGAUGCGAUGGUUCACAAUGUUUAUUACCAUAAGCAUUCUGUAGUUUCUGCAGCCGGUGUCCAUGGGCUCGUAUUUUGGUUCCUUUUCAUCAAAGCGGCCGAGCUCACCAGAACUCCCAAUUGUCCGAAAUUUACAGAAGAAGAUGCGGAAGCAUGCAUCGCAAAAUAUGGCGAUUCACUUGUCGGCCCAGGAUACACCGUCAAAGAUCUUUGGGAUGCACGAGUCAAAGCUACGAUGGUGCCCCUGGAAGAAGGCGUCAUCAAAUACUGGAGCCACAACCGGGUGGUUUUAAUGGGGGAUGCAGUGCACAAAGCUACAGUGAACCCUGGACUGGGCGGCAAUCUGGCAUAUGAAGGUAUCGCUCGCUUGACAAAUGGCCUGAUAGGAUUAUUGAAAGAAUAUCCAACUCCGUCGCUCGAGCAAUUGAAUCAGGUCUUUGACAGCUAUAUCGCUGGCCAGAAACCCAGAGCAGAAGCUGUCGUCAAUCUUUCGGGCCAGAUUACUCGCUACGAAGCGCAGGAUACUUGGAUUCUGAAAUUCGCAGCCAAAAACAUUGUGCCCUGGGUCAGCGACAAUCUCAAAGCGCAACUAUAUGCCAGUUUCUCGCGAGGCGGUCCCUGGUUGGAGUAUCUCCCACUGCCUGCGGGGGAUCGAGAUUUGAUGAACGCGACUCAGGAGACUUCUCGACUCAUUCCUUCGCUGAUAACUGCAGGAUUGGCUUUAGCGGCAGCUGCGGCUCUGCUUUGCCAGAGGUGGAACUGA